AUGACAGCUAACACUACUAAGAGGGGGUUUAGAAAUCCUGCAGAAGAAGAUAGAAUCAGUAACCUGCCAGAGAACUUGAUUGACUCCAUCCUGGAGAAGCUUCCGGUUCAAGAUGCGAUAAGGACAAACAUUCUAUCAAAAUACUGGAGAUACAAAUGGACCACAAUGACAAAACUGGUUCUUGAUAAGCAAUUUUCCGAAAAGUUCACCAAAAAUGGAGCUUUUGAUCCUAAUGGGUUUAUAACAAUCACAAACCAAAUCUUGAACCUUCAUAAAGGUGCUAUCUUGACGUUAAAUCUCCAUGUACCCGAUAUGCUUCUUGGUAGCUUCCAAGAAGUUGAUCAAUGGAUUUUACAUCUGUCAAGAAACGGUGUAAGGGAACUCGUUCUUACUAAUUCAAAUCGACGGUAUCACCUUCCAUCUUAUAUGUAUUUGUGUACAGAAUUGAGGAACUUACAACUUGAGAAGUGUAUCUUAAAGCCGCCACCUGAGUUUCAAGGAUUUAUUUUUAUGGAAGAUCUAUUUCUUACAGAAGUUGAUUUUGGGGACAAGUUAUAUAAAACUAUGAUCACCUUACCACAAGUUAAAAAUCUGACCGUUCAUAAAUGCAUCAAUAUUCACAGUUUCAACAUCAAGUCUCCCAUACUACAAAAUUUGAUUGAAGGAAAACCCGUCAAUAGAAGUUUAGAUCGAAGUUAUCCAUCUUUUGUGUAUUGUUGUCUAAAUUUGAGGAAGCUGCAUCUCCAAACACCCUGUAUCUUAAAUUCACCUCUUGAUUUACAAAGAUAUCUCUAUCUCAAAGCUCUUAGUCUCUCCAAUGUUGAAUUCGGAGCAACCUUGUAUGGAAAACUCGUUAACUUACCACAGCUUAAAACUUUGACGUUGAUUAGAUGCAGAAAUGUACACAAUUUCAAUCUCCAGGCUUCAAAUUUGCGAUAUUUGACUAUUUUCACUCUCCCUGAUGCCACAUUGCUUCAGUUGUCGCACAAUAUUAAAUUAGGUGAUUUGGAUCAACUUCAAGGUUUACUGUGGAUGCUUCAGAACUCACUCAAUCUAGAACGACUUUCUGUGCUGAAAUUGCAGUUGGGGCUUCCGGGCAUGAAUUUGGAUGAGCAACCAGCAAUAAGUUAUUUGGAAGCCGCAGGCUGUUCGAUUCAGACAUUCAACCAGUUGAAAAUUGUAGAAAUUCUAUCAAUAGAAGGAUCAAUAUGA